AUGGCUGAGGCAGUUGUUUCCGUUGUGCUCGAAAGUGUCAGAGACUUCACCGUUCAGGAAGCCAAGUUCUUGUCUGGAGUCAGCCGUCAAGUUGAAGCUGCACAAACUGAGCUAGAAUUCAUGCAGGGAUUCCUCAAAGAUGCAGAUGCAAGACAAGGACAAGAUACAAGAGUCCAGAUUUGUGUUGCCAAAAUCAGAGAUGCGGCUUAUGAUUUGGAAGAUAUUAUUGAAACUUAUGGCUUGAAAGUGGAUUCCAAGAAGAAGAAAAGAGGCCUCAAGAAUGUUCUCAAAAGAUUUGCCUGCAUCUUCAAGGAAGGGGUUGAUGUUCACAGGAUUGGGGCAGAAAUUGAGAAUAUCACUACUAAAAUUUCUGCGUUGAGAUCGAAUUUGCAGAGUUAUAACAUAAAGGAAAUAAGGGACAGGGACAGCGGUGGUGGUGAACCUUCCUUGCAAUUGCAUGAGAGGCUAAGGAGAACCUAUUCUCAUGUUGUUGAACGUGAUGUUGUUGGGUUAGAGUCCAACGUUGAAGAAUGGUUAUGCAUUUAG